UGAUAAUAUAUACCUACGAGUUGAAUAGCAUAAUGUACAAGGUGUUGUAACUUUGUACUGUGUAUCAUUUUUAAUACGUGUGUAAACUUGAGGAUUUCAGCUUCACAAAAGACUAUAAUGUAAAUCGCAACACAAGAUUUAAAAUGUACGGACUAUUGAUACAAUCUAUUGUGGACUAUAUUCUCAGUGAAUAUGGUGCAGACGUAUGGGAGAAAAUACGACAAGAGUGUGUUUUUCAACAAUCUAAUAUUUCACCCCAUUUAAUCUAUGGCGAAAACGUUAUAGGUGACCUUGCAAAAACAGCUUCUGUAGUUACGGGAGUAUCGAUUGACAGCCUAAUGGAUUCUUUUGGAGUUUUCUUCGUUAGAUUUGUUGGUCAGUUUGGAUUUGAUAGAAUUCUCAAGGUUUUAGGACGUCACAUGCGAGACUUUCUAAACGGAUUGGAUAAUUUACAUGAAUAUUUACGAUUUAGUUAUCCUAAACUAAAUCCACCUUCUUUUUUCUGUGAAAGUGAGAAUAAGAAUGGAUUAACCCUCCACUACAGAUCAAAAAGAAUAGGAUUUUUACAUUAUACAAAAGGUCAAAUUAGAGAAGUGGGGCGUCUUUUUUAUAACACGAACAUAGAUAUCUAUGUCAUAUCAGAAGAAGUAAUAAAUGGGACAUCACAUGUUGUUUUCAAGUUGCUGUUCGACAACAAAGCUUUUUUAGAUUCAAGAACAAUGCUGAUUGAUAACCUAAUUAAAGACAUUCCGUUACAUUCCGAAAGUCUUUUUGAACUUUUUCCUUUCCACAUCGUUUUUUCUCGAGGUAUGGUGGUAAAGAAU